AUGGAAACUAUUUUCAAGCGGGCAGUCUCUUUUCACGACUGGCCUCAAGUGCCGAUACCAAGUUUCAAUCUGUCAGCCGGCGGUGUUAUCGCCCUCGCAGACCUGAGUACCAUUGCCCAAAGGACUGCUAUCGUCGGCGGCUCCUCAUGGCUAGAUUGUCUCCUCCUCGCUCCCGGCCUGCAUUACCAGCAGGCCGCGGACGCCUUGGUCAACAGCGAGGCAUCAUACGCUGCCGUUGAGCAGCUCCAAGGGAAAACAUCGACAUAUUCGAUUACCAACCCAGCCACCAUCCGGUAUUUGAACAAAGUCGGGCUGGGUCAGGCCGGUCAUAAAGUCACCGUGGAUGUAGGGAUGAUCCCUAAGAGGAGCCAUUUUCGCCGAGGCAGAGCUAGCCAGAAGCGCGUAAUAUGGCAUGAUUCGAGCUCGAAUCUAGGGUGGCUGUCGCACGUGCUCUAUCUUGCCAGUCCUGUGCUCACAGUACUUGCCAUUGUCUUCAUGGUUUUAUUGCGAGAAUGGUGGGGGAUUGCUCUGCUUUUGUCUCUCAUGUUGUCUCGCGUAUUGAACAUCUGGGUCAUCAAGCAGCGGUCCAAACCACCCCAGCCCACACCAGCCAACCCAGACGUGAGCAACAUGCUAACCGAGUACCUUGUCGACCUCGGUCACGGUCGCGCGGUCUCUUUGCGCGGGAUGGCCGACGAUCUGCAGGCCAUCACGACGUCCACCUGGCUGAGGACCAAAACGCACAUCGACGGGUAUCUGGAAGCCAUGGCCAAGCUGAUUGUAUAUGUCGUCGCUGCAUUCAGCGGGAACAUGACCCAAAUAGGAGCCAUCAUCUUCAUGGGCCUUCUUCUCAUCACCGCUGGGCUGCUGGGUUUGAGCAAUAGCCACGCGAAAACUUUUCAAAUGCAUGGUCGAAUCGCGGCACCGACCUCAGAGAGACUCCCAUACCCGGCCGACAGGCUACCAUAUCCGAAUAGUGUUCAAUGCAGUAGCAUGGGGACUGUGUCUUUCCCUGCAACCUCGCGGCGCACCUCGACCGGGUUGACGGGCAUGAGUGAUUUUGCGGAGAGGGGCCAGCUUGAGGGUGUCGUGCGGGAUGGCCACCCUUCCAAAGGCUAG